CCUCGUAGACAUUUAUCGAUCAUCUGCAUCAUCGGCUGUGUUUGCGGCCUUUUUUUAUACAUAUCCAGUUUAGAUCAUAUACAGCAAAAAAAGAGAGCUCAUCGGCUCUUUGAGUAUACAUAUAGCAACGCAAUAUACUGGGUAUAUAGUGGAGGGCAUGCAAUUCAACGAUAUGAUGCAAUCCCUCAACAAUCAUUACUUACUGCUUAUAUCCAACCAUAUCCCGCCACCGCCGGCGCAGAUUGGUUGUAAGCGCAGCAGAUCCGUAGCUAGAAGUACGUCGUCGUCUCUCCGUACGCCGCCGUUACAUCUCCGCCGCCGCAAACCUGAAGUGAACUCCGCCAAGUAUAUGUGUAUACUCCCACCCAUCAGGAGGUCGCGGAGAUGUGAGAAGGUGGUAAUGGGUGCAGUAAGGAAUGAUGAGUCAAUGUACGAAGAGGAAAGAGAGAAAGCGGGGAAGGUCCUGAAGCAGUUCCAAGAGGACAAUGAUGAGUUUGGAGUUCUUCGGGUUAUAGAUGUAAUGCAGCGGAUGUGCAUCGACCACCAUUUCCAACACCUCAUCACAUCCAUCUUGCACCAACAAUAUACACACACCUUGUCUGGACAAAGUGAUGAUGAUGAUGAUGAUCUUUAUCACAUUUCUCUUCGUUUCAGAUUACUUAGACAACGUGGCUUUUAUGUUCCCUCAGGUGAUGUGUUUGGGAAGUUCACGGAUGAGAAGGGAGAGUUCAAGAAGGAAUUAAGAGAAGACAUAAAGGGGGUUAUGGCACUGCACGAAGCAUCCCAUUUAUGCAUAGGAGGAGAAGACGAGCACAUUUUGGAGGAAGCUGCAAGGUUUAGUACUGAAUGCCUGCUGGCAAAAAAGGAAGGCGAUGAUGAUAUUCGACGAACCUUAGAGUACCCUUUUCAUAAGAGCGUGCCCAGGUUUACAGCGAAAACCUUCGUUGAGAAGAUGAGGGUGGAACAGGAAUGGGAGGCCACCUUGGGCAACUUUGCCAGUUUGGAUUACGCCAUGCUGCAAUCACUGUAUGAAGAUGAAAUUCAGCAAGUUCUCCGGUGGUGGAAAGGACUCGGGCUGAUGGACGAGUUGGCCAAGAACAGACAAUUCAAGUGGUACAUCUGGUCAUUGACCAUCAACCCUUAUUCCCAUUUAUCAACAGAGAGGGUGGACCUCACCAAGCAAGUCUCCCUUGUAUACCUCAUUGAUGACAUUUUUGACGUUUAUGCCUCGCAUCAUCAGACCACUCAAUUUGUACAAGCAAUUUGCAGAUGGGACCUUUCCGUGGCAGAAGGACUGCCGGAUUAUAUGAAGACGUGUUUGGCCGUACUCUUUGAUACAACUAGUGAAAUCAGCAAUCAUGUUUUCAAAAAAUAUGGCUGGAACCCUAGUACUCAGUUAAAAUUGCAGUGGAAAAGGUUGUGUAGAGCAUUCAUAAGUGAAGCAAAAUGGUUGAGAAGGGGCGAUUCGGUGACAAUAGGGGCUGAUGAGUACUUGGAAAAUGGGAUUGUGACAACAGGAGUUCCCUUGAUUGCCACCACCGCCUUCUUUAUGCUAGGCCAUGGUGGCGCCGGAGAUCCCACCGGAACAAAAGCUAUCCAACCCAUUUUGACUUCAAUAGCAGCCAUUCUUCGCCUCUUAGAUGACCUUGAUGCCACUCUGGGUGAGAAACAACAUGGAAAAGAUGCAUCGUAUGUGGAGUACUACUUAAGGGAACACCCAGGCAUGUCAAUGGAUGAUGGAAGAGAAAUGGUAACGAACAUGGUUUCAGAACAGUGGAAGCUAGUCAACAGGGAAUGCCUCUUUUCGACCACCAUCCCAUUUUUGUUCAGGCAGUCUUGCUUAAAUGUUGCCAGAAUGAUUCCAAUGAUGUACAACUACGAUGACCGCCAAUGCCUACCCAUCCUGCGCCGCCAGAUCAUGUCCAUGCUUUCUACUUGUAAUGAAAAUAUCACUUCCUCCGCUCUUCUUGGCUUGCUUCGAACUUAAAUUGUACUACCCCUUCUUAAAUAAAUGCAACACUUUGACUUUUACACUAUUCACAUGUUUUAUUUUGACU